AUAAAAUUGAUCAUAUUUAUGCUGCUUUCGUCUACUCUAACUAUUUACUGUGCGUCUUUGGUAUCAGGAUCAGGGUAUGAUGUGAGUUUGAAGAUUACAGCAAGCCAGACUGAUUCAACUCUGACAGAUGCUACUUUAUCACUGGAGACUCCUUCAGCAAUUAUGACUGAUAGUUUCUACUCGAGCUUCAUUUGCUUUGAUGUUGGUGUUGCCAAUUAUUCUCUAUCUAAUGAUACAACAAACAUUCCUGCAUUCGGAAUUGAGUACCAUUGUGCAUCAAAAUGAACCAGUAUAGAGCAUGCUGAUGACGCUCAUUUUUAUGUUUAUGCAGGAAGUGGUAGUUAUAAAGGAGGUACUUUUAGUCUUGGGACUGAUGGAAUGGUUAAGAAAACAUCAAUUAUUUCUAAUGCAACCAAAGAUGAGACUGUUAGAUAUCAACCAAUCUUGAUCAGAACAUUUUAUAACCUAAGUGUGACAACUUUAGCUGAUUUGAAACUACCUAACCAAUCCCAAACAGCAUACUUUAGGUGCUUUGCCAGAUUCGAUCAUGCAGAUACAGCUUCACUAGACCUCCCUAUUGUUGACAUUGGCGCUCUCCUCACCACCAAAGGUAACGCUACAAUCCACGGCAGCUCUGCAGGAUCCUUCUCUCUCCUCCUCUUCACCAUAGCCACCCUCACCGCCUUCCUAUGCUCCUAAAAUCCCUGACCCAUC